GGAGCUACUUGUGUGAACAAACUGUGAGGCAGGAGGACCAGGCAAGGAAGGGAAGAGAGAGAGGCGGCUGCGUGUGGCUGAGACACGCCGCCUGUGUUUGUACACAGAGCACUCUCCGGCAGCACUCUACUGGCUCUGCAGUCUCAUUGACCUCAGCCCUUCUGCGGCUGUCUCAUCGCACUCAGCAGGGCUGUGCGCUGCAGUCUCGGGGUCUAUGGUACGGGGAACAACAGAGCGGACUCACCCAGGAUACAAGACGCCCACCCCCGCAUACCAGCAGCAUAUUCCUGCACUAGCGACCGUCCAUCAUCACCUCUUCUCAGAUCCUACAGUCGGAGCUGGGGAGGAAUAUAUACCAGAUCGCGUCUCUAUUAAAGGAUAAGACUUUGGGGCUAUUUUCAGUGGGAUCUCUCUUAUUGAUUGACUCAUAAACUAAAAAAAAAAUGGUCCAGAAGGAGGUCACCAACCUCCUGCUCUGUCUUAUCUUCUGGGUCCCGCUCAUAGUUAAAGGUGAUGUGUGUGACCAGAACCCAUGUCUCAAUGGGGGAAUCUGUUUGUCUGGUUUAUCCGAUGAAACCUUUACAUGUGAGUGUCCAGCUGGCUACAAUGAACCCAACUGUUCUAGUGUUGUGGAGGUUGCGCAAGUAGAAGAAACUACAACAGCUGGACCUUGCCAUCCAAACCCAUGCCAUAAUGGUGGAGUUUGUGAAAUCAGUGAAGCUUAUCGUGGGGACACAUUUUUUGGAUAUGUCUGCAAAUGUCCUCAUGGCUUUAAUGGAAUUCACUGCCAACACAAUGUAAAUGAAUGUGAAGCUGAACCUUGCAAGAAUGGUGGGAUUUGUACAGAUCUUGUUGCCAACUACUCGUGUGAAUGCCCUGGUGAAUACAUGGGAAGAAAUUGUCAACACAGGUGUUCAGGACCUCUUGGAAUGGAAGGAGGAAUAAUCUCAAAUCAACAAAUAACAGCAUCUUCAACUCAUCGAGCACUUUUUGGAUUACAAAAGUGGUACCCAUAUUUUGCCCGUUUGAAUAAAAAAGGUCUUGUAAAUGCUUGGACGUCUGCUGAAAAUGACCGAUGGCCGUGGAUUCAGAUAAAUUUGCAGAAGAAAAUGAGAGUCACUGGUGUUAUUACCCAAGGAGCAAAACGAAUUGGAAGCCCAGAAUACAUCAAAUCAUACAAGAUAGCAUAUAGUGAUAAUGGCAAGUCCUGGUCAACAUAUAAAAUAAAACGAACCAAUGAAGAUAUGGUUUUCCGAGGAAAUGUGGACAACAACACCCCAUAUGCCAAUUCUUUUACCCCUCCAAUUGAAGCGCAGUAUAUACGGUUAUACCCACAAGUGUGCAGGAGGCACUGUACACUCCGAAUGGAACUUCUUGGUUGUGAAUUAUCAGGUUGCUCUGAACCACUAGGAAUGAAAUCAGGACAUGUACAAGAUUACCAAGUAACAGCUUCAAGCGUUUUCAGGACCUUGAACAUGGAUAUGUUCACAUGGGAGCCAAGGAAGGCGCGAUUAGAUAGACAAGGCAAAGUGAAUGCAUGGACUUCUGGAAGAAAUGACCAAUCACAGUGGCUACAGGUGGAUCUCAUACGUCCUACAAAAGUGACUGGAAUAAUCACACAGGGAGCUAAAGAUUUUGGCCAUGUACAGUUUGUGGGUUCCUAUAAGCUUGCUUACAGCAAUAAUGGUGAACACUGGGCUGUGUAUCAGGAUGAAAAGCAAAGAAAAGACAAGGUAUUUCAGGGAAAUUUUGACAAUGACACACACAGAAAGAAUGUCAUCGACCCACCCAUCUAUGCAAGAUAUAUAAGGAUCAUUCCAUGGUCAUGGUAUGGCAGGAUCACUUUACGAGCUGAGCUGUUAGGAUGCACAGAAGAGGACUGACGCCUUUUUGUCACCUGGAAAAGCGACACACAAUUAAAACAGAAUAUCAUUG